AUGACCACCAUGCAGCAAUAUGGAGACGUGCAUCAGCCUCAUUCUUCUUCUCUAGCUCACGCCCCUCCCAACGGAGCGCAGUCCUCGAUGAGCCACUAUCCCUCCCAGUAUCAGCAGCCUCCGAUACUGCAACAUGGCCAGCCCAGCUACGGCUCGCAGAGCCAGUACGGUCAUGCCUACAGCAACGGCGUACCGUCCGGCUACCAAGUGCAAUCGCACAUGAACCCUUCGGUUGCCCCACUGCCUGCAAUGUCAACCUCCGGGCCCGGCUCUACGCUUCCCGCGUCCCAAUACAACGGAAGCCAUACCUUUGACCAAACCGGCCAGGUUGCCCCACCCGGCAUGAAGCCUCGAGUGACUGCAACUCUCUGGGAAGACGAAGGCACACUCUGCUUCCAAGUCGAAGCCAAGGGCAUCUGUGUUGCUCGACGCGAAGAUAAUCACAUGAUUAACGGCACGAAGCUGCUGAAUGUCGCCGGCAUGACACGUGGUCGACGUGACGGCAUUCUGAAGAGCGAAAAAGUGAGACAUGUGGUCAAGAUUGGACCCAUGCAUCUCAAGGGUGUCUGGAUCCCUUAUGAGCGAGCAUUGGAAUUCGCGAACAAGGAGAAGAUUACUGAAUCUCUAUACCCUCUGUUUGUCCACGACAUUGGCAGUUUGCUGUAUCACCCGUCGAAUCAGAACGGCCGCACUUCCGUUAGUGCCACCAUGACGGCGGUUGAGCAGAGCAGAAGACGUCCCGACCAGCGCUACAUUGGUGCGCCGCAAACUUCCCAGUCGCCUUCGCUACAUCACCACCACUCCAUGAGCAGCUCCAUUCCUUCGCACAUGCCACAGCCAAACUCUAUCGCUCCUCAUCCCAACGCGGCCAGACCAGGCCUUGAUCGUGCUCACACCUUCCCCACUCCUCCGGCCAGCGCCUCGAGCAUCAUGGCCAUGGGCAGCCAGGGCAACUCCUACGAGUGGAACAGUCCCUCCGUAUCGAACAUGCAGAACGGUCAGCCACUAUCAAUAGAUACGGGAAUCAGCAACACUCGCUCUGUCCCGACAACACCAGCCUCCACUCCUCCAGGCGCAAUGCAGAACAUGGCGGCAUACAGCACCACGCAAGGCUAUGACAGCUCCAGACAGCUGUACUCUGCUCCUCCUGCCCAGCAAGGACAGUACAGCGCGGGCCCGCCGCCGGUGGAUCGCUACAGCCAACCGAUGCAGGGUGGCGUCUAUCCCAAGACCGAAAUGGCACCACCCUCCCGAACAGCCACGGAACAGGACCACCAUGCUGAAACGAAGCCUUCGGAAGCUCUGUUGAACCAAGCAUCAUCAGGACAUGAUGACGAGGCCGAGCAUGAGAGUGAAUACACACACACCAGUGCUCCUUACAACUCCAGCAGGAACUACAGCUACGCGGCCACGAAUGGCGUGCACGGCGAGACGGCUCACCUCUCGCCGGAUAUGACUGGCUCCCCACACCAAAACGGCUCUGGGAGGGCGACUCCUCGAACGACCACGACUGGCACUGCAUGGAAUCCAGCAUACACUGCACAGCGAGCACAGCCCGCCGCUACCAGUCUGAUGAAUGUCAUGAGUAACGACAGCCGACACGCCCCUAACGGUGGCAGUGACGGUUACACAGCCCCGCCCAUCCACAGUGGCUACCCGAGCCAGUAUCCAUCUGCCAACACCGUCCCGUCUGCGAAGCGGGGACGCGAUGACGAAGACGAGCAAGACUACGCACGUCAUCGGGACGGCGGUGCUGACGACCUUGACGGCCUGAAACGGCGCAAGACCAUGCGCGAAGACAGCGUUGGCGGUGGAGCGGUUGGCAGUCCCUUUAGCGGGAAUGGCAGCAUUCAACGCAGUCAGCAGCCCACGGUCCAGCAGCGGAGGAGGUAA